AUGCCGUUUUUCUGGGUGCAGGUGUCCGGCAUGAGCUUGGACAUCGUGCGACAGUUCCCCACCGUGACCACGCUGAACUUGGGAGGCGGCUACAAGUCGACCGACCUGCAGACCAGCGGUGCCCCCGUGAUGGGCGACUUCGAGGCCUUCGCCGAAGAGACCGGGCGGAAGCUCAAGCUGGAGAUCGAGCCCGGGAUUUUCCUUGUCGCCAAUGCUGGUAGCCUCGUCUGCACGGCGCAGGACCUGGUGAGCACGGGCAGCGGCGGCUACGAGUUCAUCAAGCUGGACGCCGGGAUGACGGAGCUCCUCCGGCCGUCACUCUACGGCGCCCUCCACCCCAUCGUCGUCGUACCCGCGGAGGGGGAAGGCGGUGGUGAAAUCGCCGAGUACGUGGUCGUCGGGCACUGCUGCGAGUCCGGAGAUCUGUUGACGCCAGUGUCGGGGGCGGCUUCGGAGAUCGAGCGCCGAACUCUAGCCAAGGCGGAGAUCGGGGACUUGGUGGUGGUGGAGGGUUGCGGCGCCUACGUGGCCGGCAUGAGCGCCAAGAACUACAACUCCUUCCCGGAGGCGCCAGAGGUGCUCCUUGACUCCGCGGGGGAGCUGCAUGUCGUUUGGCGGCGACAGACCUUGGAGCAGAUCUUCGAGAACGAGAUGCCGUUGCCGGCAGGCAUAUAG